UUGUUAUACAGUAAAUAAAACAAUCUCUGGCGUCAUCGCAUCAGUUUAAAUGAGGAAGUGAACAGUCAGUCGCUACUGUCAAUGCUGAACUGGGAGUCACUCGGAAAUAAAGCCACUUCACAUGGGAUGCCCCAGUCUCUUCUUGCCUAUUUCUGAUCACAUGACAGGACCCUCCAGAUCAGAGAUGGCUCUUUUGACUGUAAAUCAACAGUGGACAUCCUGCCCAACAUCUCUAUGAGAUUCACUUGGCAACUGUAUUAAACACACUGUGUUUCACGCACAUUUAUACCAAAAUGGCACCAGUCCCACCUGGCAUCCGCUUCCUGACAUCCUUCAAUAAGGACCAGUGGUACAGGGCCUUCACAUUUGCUCUCACCUUCCUGCUCUACACUAGCUUCCAUCUAUCCAGGAAGCCCAUCAGCAUUAUCAAGAGUGAACUGCAUAAGAAUUGCUCUCAUGUCACGGAGCUGUCGACAGAUAGCAGUCAGCAGCCUAGACUUCACCCGGAUCUAGACUGCAGCUGGAAACCUUUCGAUAGAAGUAACUAUAAGCAGUUACUCGGGGCAAUGGAUUACUCUUUCCUGUGUGCUUAUGCUAUAGGCAUGUAUCUCAGUGGAAUAAUUGGAGAGCGUUUGCCCAUUCGUCUGUACCUGACUGUGGGCAUGUUGACCAGUGGAUUUUUCACCUGUCUGUUUGGACUGGGAUAUGUCUAUGACGUCCAUAGCCUUGGAUUCUAUAUAUUUGUUCAGGUGGCCAAUGGCUUAGUUCAGACCACUGGUUGGCCUAGUGUCGUGACUUGCAUUGGUAAUUGGUUUGGCAAGGGAAGGAGAGGCCUCAUAAUGGGUCUGUGGAACUCUCACACAUCAGUGGGCAACAUUCUGGGCUCUUUGAUCGCUGGAUAUUAUGUCUCGUCUAACUGGGGUCUGUCUUUCAUUGUCCCUGGUGUUAUCAUUGCUGCCAUGGGGGUCAUCUGCUUCCUCUUUCUAAUAGAGCACCCUAAUGAUCUGAAGACUGCCAGUGCCCAGAGCUCAGUUCCAAGUAAUCAGAAAGUAAAUAAAAGCUGGAGUGGUUUCAAUGGACAUAAAGACCUCUACUUGCAGUACAAGCAAGGAAAUAAAACACAGAGCUGGGAUACUGAGCUUCUCCUGGGGCAGGAGAGCAUUGGCGUGUGUGUUCCUAUGCAGCAGGUGGUGGUGGUGAAGAGUGAGACAGAACCAUCAGCCAUCAGCUUCAUGGGAGCUUUACGCAUUCCUGGAGUGGUGGAGUUCUCUCUUUGUCUGCUCUUUGCCAAGUUGGUCAGUUAUACCUUCCUUUUCUGGCUCCCCCUUUACAUCACUAAAGCAGCUCACCUGGAUGCCAAGAAAGCUGGAGAACUUUCAACUCUGUUCGAUGUGGGAGGCAUUGUUGGAGGUGUCCUGGCUGGAGUGAUCUCUGAUAAGAUGGGAAAGAGGGCAACCACUUGUGCUGUGAUGCUUCUACUGGCUGCACCCACUCUCUAUGGUUUCUCUAUGAUGAGGCAUUUUGGCCUGGGUCCCACAAUUGGCAUGCUGCUGGUGUGUGGUGGUUUAGUCAAUGGACCUUAUGCUCUUAUCACAACAGCUGUGUCUGCUGAUCUGGGCACACACAAGAGUCUGAAGGGCAAUGCCAGGGCUCUCUCUACAGUAACAGCUAUUAUAGAUGGCACUGGAUCAGUUGGUGCUGCUGUGGGACCUUUGCUGGCAGGGCUGUUGUCAGCACGAGGCUGGAAUCAAGUCUUUUACAUGCUCAUGACCGCAGACUUUUUUGCACUGCUGCUUUUGCUGAGACUUGUGAUGAAGGAGCUUCGCUCUCAUAAGAACCGGCCAGGAGUUGCUGUCGAAUUGAAGGAACAUUGAGUACUUUGCACGAACUGAGAGAGAGAAACAGUUAGGGGCAGCAUUCAAGACUACUGAAGUUCAUCUCUCACCAGUUCAGUUAUCUGACCACUUCCUACCCUGGACCACAACUUGAGUUUGGACCAAAACUUGACUAAAACCUGUGUUUAGUACACAGACUUCUGUUCUAGAAUGGACAAUACAAAGACACUUUAUUUAUUUUUUCAGAUGAGUAAAUAUCUAUUAAAGCUGACCGCACAACAGCUUUGAAGAAAUAUUAUUUUCUUAUCAUAUUAUAUUUUUCUCAUGAGUCCUGUGGUUGUUGUCUGAACCUGCAAGUUCUACUUGCAUUUGUCCUUUGAAGCUUGUACCCAAACAACUGAACAUGACUUUGAGAUCAAGCCUAAAUAUAUCUCCAGUUGAGGAAUGCUCACUUGCACAACCAAAAGUAGCCUCCCCUUUGCUUUUAACAAGGGGAAUCUUAAAUAAAUGCAGUGUAAUUUCUACUCCUAGACCUAGAACCCCUGCCAGGCCUAUAGUGCCUUAUUCAUGAAGCAAAUUUCUGUGUAAAUAAUUCAUAAAUCUAUUCUUACGUAAACCGUUUCAUUGAAUUGAACGCAACAGUUUGCACAAGGAUGGUUUUACAAACAGUUUGCAUGUAAACUCGUUCUACUGGUGUUUCGUGAAUAAUGCCCAUUGAACAUAUAGAGUCGGUUUAUUCGUUUUGUAUAUAUGCUGAAUUUGAAAUAGUAAUAUAUUAUACUGCCUUUCUAUGAACCAAAGCCAAUCCUAUUUGUUGUUUAAGAGCUUAAAUUGAUCUUCUGUUUGGACCAGUUCCUGUGUCUUAAAGUGUGGUGAUAUUAAAUGUUUUAUCCUGUGUUUGAACAUAGGGGAUCCAUAUGGGGAGUCCAAAAUGUAAUUGUUCACUUUAUUUUCUUUUAUUUAAUUCUAUAUUUAUUUAUUUUUGUUAUCAGAGUUUUUCUCUGCUGGCCUGUGACUUGAAUAAUAUGAAAGUGUUUUGAUUGUUCAUGAAGGAAGUUUAGCAAUACAUUUUAUCUUGGCAUUCAAGUACACUGUUACUAUACUUUCAGCGCUCUGCUGAUACACGCUAUAUAUUCACAUUCAGAAUUCAGACCGUUCUAUAUUAAUAAUGGAGGACAAAUAACUAUCAGUCUGGAACAGUAUUAGGAGACUUUUAAAAGCUUUUAGUCUUUCUCAGCUUGGUUGUUAGCUUCAAAUCAUGUUCACAUCAAACUCAAUUUGUAUGAUAGAAGUCUGUGUGAAUAAACCAAAAAAGCCUCUUGACCGUAAUUUUAGGACACGCACCUGCCUCUGCAGUCAUGAAUAUUUACUGUAUAUUUGAAUGCUCGGAUUACUGUAGGACCGUGUUGCUCUGCAGUGCUAUUGGCACGUGUAGAUGUUUGUUAUUAAGCUGGACUUCUUACAUAAUCAUAGGUUUAGCACAGGUGCAUUUGUCCUUCUAGGACACUGCACUCUAGAUUAUUGAAUGUAUCUUUAAUUUAUGGGUAGUACCUUGAUGUAAUGAGAUUAAGAAAAAAUACUUUGUGCCUUUUUUCUAUUUGCUUUCUUGUUUAAGGAUAUGCCUUUGGAGUGUUCAUUCUUAAAUUAUCAUCAGCCUCUUUACAGAAUUUUGGGAAUUAUCUGUAUUGUGUUGUUUGUAUAAAGAGGACAUUUUGAAUAAAGCAAACACAAACUGCAACAUGUAUUUUACGACUGUGCAAGCUGUGAAUUGAAAGAAAUAUUAUAUAUAUAUACACACACACUACGGUUCAAAAUGUAGGGUCGCUUAUUCUUUAUUUAUUUUUACUUUUAUUUAUUUUUUUCACAUUUACAAUAAU